CCCCAAGCAGACUCACAUUUCGUCUCUAUUCAGUUACGAGCGAUCGAGCAAAACAGACUCGUCCCAAAAGUAUUAUCCCACGGAUCAAGUGAUAGGUGUAUUAGCAAAAAUAACCAUACAAUCACCAAUACCAUCCACUUUCGUUAAGCCACGCGUAUCAGGUUCAAGUGGUGCAGUCUUUUGUGGGUGUGUUCCUCUGUGUUUUUUGCACAUUUCGACCAUUCACCAUACAAAUAAAUCAGCUCGAGCCCCUUCAGGUACCCAACCCAAGUACCCUAGUAGCAGAUCCCAGACCAAAAGGAGUAGGUGAUAAGCCGAUUCAUCAAUCCGCCGCACCGCCCGUCGACCCUUUGGCUUCCAUACGCUCCUUGUAAUCGUUCAGAAACGUUGAUGAGCCGGUGCCGGGGCGUCGUCAGGAGAACAAUCCUUCCAGAAAUAAUAAAAAGUGACCCGUCCAUCGGAGGACUAUCAGUUACCGUUCAGCUCCCGGUGCGGUAAGGUUUGCGGUAUUGUUGCUUACGUGCGUCGAUCAGCGUGCUCUCGUUGUCGUGAGAAGAAGAUCAGUGAACUUGAACUUGUUGUGUAUUCAACGCCUGCGAACGCGCGUCCAAUUUAAUUUAGGUUUGUUUGAUUUCGUGCCAUCAGUGCUGAAAGAUGAUCAAGAGCGUGGAAAGGGCACAGAUGCUGAAGCAGUUGAGCCGGCUUCUGCUGUCGGCCAAAGUUUCUGGUGGAGCCCCGCAGAUGCACAUGCCGGCAAGAUGCAGAGUUGCGACCGUGCAAAAACGACUGUCGUCGUCGUUUGCCAAUCCCACGGUCAAAAUGUCCUCGACCGCUGCGGCCACCAAGAUCACCGAGCAGCAGAACGGCACGGCAUCGCAGGAGGUGUUCGACCGCGAGGACAAGUUUGGCGCACACAACUACCACCCACUUCCGGUGGCGCUGGCCCGUGGCGAAGGCGUCUACGUGUGGGACGUCGAAGGCAAACGCUACUAUGACUUCCUCAGUGCUUACUCCGCGGUCAACCAGGGUCACUGCCACCCGAAGAUCGUGCAGGCCUUGACCGAGCAGGCCAAGGUUUUGGCACUUACCUCCAGAGCCUUCUACUCCAACGUUCUGGGCGAAUACGAAGAGUUCGUCACCGACCUGUUCGGGUAUGACAAAGUUCUUCCGAUGAACACCGGCGUCGAAGGUGGAGAAACCGCUUGCAAGCUGGCACGUAAGUGGGCCUACAAAGUGAAGAAGGUGCCGGAGAACAAAGCCAAGAUUAUCUUCGCCGAGGGAAACUUCUGGGGACGCACGUUGGCUGCCGUGUCCUCGUCGAACGAUCCCUCCAGCUAUGAAGGCUUUGGACCAUUCAUGCCGGGAUUCGAGCUUGUCCCGUACAACGACACCGUUGCAUUGGAAAAGGCUCUUCAGGAUCCCAAUGUGUGUGCGUUCAUGGUCGAACCAAUUCAGGGCGAAGCCGGAGUGGUCGUUCCCGACGAAGGUUAUCUCCGAAGGGUUCGUGAACUGUGUACAAAGUACAACGUACUUUUCAUUGCCGAUGAAGUCCAAACGGGUCUUGCCCGCACAGGUCGCAUGCUGGCAAUCGAUCACGAGGACGUCAAACCUGAUAUUCUGAUCUUGGGCAAGGCCCUCUCCGGUGGAUUGUACCCCGUGUCGGCUGUGUUGGCGAACAACGAAGUCAUGCUGUGCAUCAAGCCCGGUGAGCACGGAUCUACGUACGGUGGAAACCCUCUGGGUUGCAAGGUAGCAAUGGCUGCCCUCAAUGUGCUGAUUGAUGAAAAGCUAGCCGAGAACGCAGAUCGUAUGGGUCGCAAGCUGCGCCAAUCUCUGUCGGAGCUGCCACAAGACGUGGUUUCUAUUGUACGGGGAAAAGGUCUGCUGAACGCUAUUGUCAUCAACUCCAAGUACGACGCCUGGGAAGUUUGUCUACGACUGAAGGAAAAUGGCUUGAUUGCCAAGCCAACUCACGGGGACAUCAUCCGUUUUGCGCCUCCGUUGACUAUCAACGAGCAGCAGAUGGACGAGUGUUUGAGGAUCAUCAAGACGACUAUUAUGUCGUUUGCAAACGCACAGUAAUUAGAAGGGGAGGAGAGUUUUUUUCUGCUUAGAUUUUAAUCAAUAUAUGCAUUUGACUAUAAGUUUACGAAUUUCAGUUGUGUAGAAAGCACUAUUAAAGUAUUUUUUUGUAUUUAACCGAUUAAAUAA